AUGAGCUUCUUGCUUAGCGACAAGGACCAAUUCGCCACUUUGGGGGAGGUGCUCGCAUUCAUCGACUCAUUAGAGUUCAGUGAGAGUGACGCAGGGUGUAACCCGCUGCCCCACAUCAAUCGAAACGGCGGCGUGUCGCCUACGAAUGUGGAUAUGCUACAGCACGCGACUAUCAAGCUCGCCGCCAUGAAGCUCAAGCGAUUCCUGCUGCGCUAUUACCCGCCGGGCAUCAUCCUCGAGUAUGAGCUGCGCGACGGCACCCGCGAGAUGAAGGAGAUCGACCUGCUGCACCUCACGGCCGAGUCGGAUAUCGAGGUGCUGGUGAACCAGAUCGUGUUCGAGGAGCCGCUGAUCUCCGAGUCCCGGAAGCCGCAGCUUCGCCGUCUCAUUUACAAACUCAUUGAGAAGCUCGAGGUCAACGACAGCAACGACUUUUACCUGUUCAAGAUCUUGCGGGCCCACAUCCUGCCGCUGACCAACUGCGCCUUCAACAAGUCGGGGGACAAGUUCAUUACUGGCAGCUAUGAUCGGACGUGCAAAGUCUGGGAUACCCAGACGGGAGACGAAUUGCUGACACUGGAAGGACACAAGAAUGUCGUCUACGCCAUCGCCUUCAAUAAUCCCUACGGCGACAAGAUCAUCACGGGGUCCUUUGACAAGACGUGCAAACUCUGGAGCGCCGAGACUGGGCAGCUUUACCACACGUUCCGCGGCCACUCGACGGAGAUCGUGUGCUUGGCGUUCAAUCCUCAGGGAACCGUCAUCGGCACGGGCUCGAUGGACAACACAGCGAAGCUCUGGGACGUCGAGACCGGCCAGGAGCUGCACACGCUGUUCGGCCACACGGCCGAGAUCGUGAGUCUCAACUUCGACACGCAGGGCGAGCGCAUCAUCACGGGCUCGUUCGAUCACACGGUCAAAGUAUGGGACGUCCGAAGCGGCCGCUGCAUCCACACGCUCGCCGGUCACCACGGCGAGAUCUCGAGCACGCAGUUCAACUACACGGGCGAGCUGUGCAUCAGCGGCUCCAUCGACCGCACGUGCAAGAUCUGGGACGUCGCCUCGGGCCAAAACGUGCAGACUCUGCGCGGCCACAACGACGAGAUCCUGGACGUGAGCUUCAACGCCACAGGCUCCAAGCUCGUGACAGCGUCCGCGGACGGCACGUCUCGCAUCUACAACACCAUGACGGGGGCCUGCCAGGCCAUCUUGAUCGGCCACGAGGCCGAGAUCUCCAAGGUCUGCUUCAACCCGCAAGGCUCCAAGGUGCUCACAGCCAGUAGCGACAAGGUAGCGCGACUCUGGGAGGUCGAGACCGGCGACUGCCUGCAGAUGCUCGAGGGCCACACGGACGAGAUCUUCAGCUGCGCCUUCAACUACGAAGGCGACACAAUCAUCACAGGCUCCAAGGACAACACGUGCCGGAUCUGGAAGUGCUAA